AUGGCGAAGCUGCGACGCGACGUACCAGAUAUCCAGUUUCCGGGUUCCAGUUCGCGCCCUUUACGUGUCGUUGCGUCCGGGACGCUGUUCCAGACGUAUACACUUUCGAUUCCUUCGUACCCGGCGCCGUCGACAGUGACGCGCGCGCAUUCCGUCGCAAAGACGCGUGGAGGAUCUGCGAGUACUGUGCUGUCGCUCCUGGCGCAAUUCCCUGCUGUUGAGGCGGUCUUGGUUGCAUCUUUAGGGGGAAAUGAUGAAGGGACCAUGGUCCUGCAGGAUCUGGAAGCAGAGGGCGUGGUCACUCGUUACUGCAAAAUCUGGAAGCACUCCGGUGUACCAACGGCUUGGGUCAUGCAUUCUGCCGAGGACGACACCCGGACGGUCGUGAACCACAAUCCACUCCCCGAUAUCACUCACGAAGAGUUCGUGUCGUUGCUGGGACCUUUGGUGGCUCCAGAAAACUAUGCCUUCAGUCAAUCAGCUACAGUCUCUCCGCCUACCCCUGCCAUCCCCGCUUCCGCUUCAUCGACUUCGCCGUCCCCCACAAUGCCUUCACCGCGGCCUCCUGCACCAUUCGAUUGGCUGCAUUUCGAGGGAAGGUCAGUCAAGACGACUCUUAGCAAUAUCACAGGGCUCGAUGGACUUGCUCGCGAGCGCAAGUGGAGAAGCCACUGCGUCUUCAGCGUAGACGUGGGACGCAAAGGGCGGCAAGGUGUCGAAGCGCUGAUACCCCAAGCCGAUAUUCUAUUUCUCAACAAACAUUACGCACAAACUCAUUCACCCCAUUACGCAACGACGCCCCGUGCUUUCCUGCUUUCCAUAACGUCCCUAGCUGCACCGCACGCCCUUCUGGUAGCUUACUGGGGUUCCGAAGGCGCUGCCGCUCUAUCAGUGCCCACGAAGGAAUACUUCCAGAGUUCGGGAUGGGUAGAACAACGCCCUCAGCCCCCGCCGCAAGCGCGACGAGAGACCCACAAAGAACGUCGGGGACGGGAAAGACCGAAUCAAUCCGUUGAAAUACAGUCCGUACGAAGUGGCAGUGACUUUUGGGCAGGCACACGCAGUCGAACGCCGUCCUCGAGUGCAUUCACUACUUCAAACUAUCUCUCUGACGCUACCCCUUCCUCACCGAACCCGUUUACCUCACCCCAAUCACGGUCGAGAUCACGAAACAAUGCAAAGAGUCCUGGGAGAUACAACGCGGAAGAAGACGACGACAAUGACUCGCAGGGUACGGAGAUGCCUGCCGAAGAGGAGGUCGAUGAUGGCGUUGUGGAUGAGGUGGGAGCUCAGGAUGCGUUUGUAGCGGGUAUGAUAUUCGCACUCAGCAGACGCAUCGUUCCUGGCGCGCCGUAUACGCCAUCAUCUGGCAAGGCAAACCCAGAGAAUCCUUCACUUGAUGCUGAGCGAGGGAAAUGGCGGCUCGACGAGUGUUUAAGAUUCGCUACAGAGCUUGCAGGAAGAAAGGCUAGGAGAAGAUCUUGGAGUGGACUUGCUGAGGAAAUGGCCAGGACCGGCUGGCUAGAUGGCUAG